UUUGAAAAGCCCGGCGGCUUCCCGGCACUUCGGUCGCGGACGUUGGGCUCGGCCGGCGAGACGCUGAAGUAAUCGUGGGGGCUUGUUGGCGGCCCCUGGGGACCAGCUUUUGAGGUAGCCUUGGCCUGGACCGCUCGUCGGCCGGCUCCUCUUCCACCUGGAGUGUGGCCGCCGCGCCGCGCGGCCCGGGAAGGGGGGUUUCUCCUCGGUCCCCGGCCGCGCGCGGGCCCGGGUGCGGGGUCGAGCGUUCGCUUCUGUAACGGCUCGCGGCCCGGCAGGCGAGUUGAAGACGUUGGAAACUGGGCGUUAAACUGGGAAUUUUCACCUGAGGGCUCCUCUUCGCGACCCAGACUCGCAGUGCGCACCUGAAUCUCGGGGAAUCCUGCUGAGGUGCCGUGUACGGGCCUCGGGAUAAUCGGAUCAGAGCUGCCCCUUUGGUUGGCAUUCCGCGUUUCCCCUGUGUCGCUGCCAUUGGCCGUCUACACUUGAGCGUUGCCAGUAUCUGUUGAGCCGGACGGUGGCCUCCAAGGACCUAGAGUGAUUAUUACAAUGGAAGAAAUCAAUAAUUUUAAGACACCAAGCAAAUUAUCUGAAAAGAGAAAAUCUGUGUUAUGUUCAACUCCAUGUAUAAAAAUUCCUGCCUCUCCGUUUAUGCAGAAGCUUGGCUAUGGCACAGGGGUAAAUGUCUACCUUAUGAAAAGAUCUCCAAGAGGCUUGUCUCAUUCUCCUUGGGCUGUGAAAAAGAUUAAUUCUAGAUGUAAUGGUGACUAUCAAAAUAUGUAUCAAAAGAGAUUAACUGAUGAAGCUAAGAUUUUGAAAAGCCUUCAUCAUCCAAAUAUUAUAGGUUAUCGUGCUUUCACUGAAGCCAAUGAUGGUAGUCUGUGUCUUGCUAUGGAAUAUGGGGGUGAAAAGUCUCUAAAUGACUUAAUCGAAGAACGAAAUAAAGACAGCCACAAUCCUUUUCCAGCAGCCACAAUUUUAAAAGUUGCUUUGAACAUGGCAAGAGGGUUAAAGUAUCUGCACCAAGAUAAGAAGUUGCUUCAUGGAGACAUAAAGUCUUCAAAUGUUGUAAUUAAAGGUGAUUUUGAAACAAUUAAAAUCUGUGAUGUAGGAGUCUCUCUGCCAUUGGAUGAAAAUAUGACAGUAACUGACCCUGAGGCCUGUUACAUUGGCACUGAGCCUUGGAAACCCAAGGAAGCUUUGGAGGAGAAUGGUAUUAUUACGGACAAAGCAGACAUAUUUGCCUUUGGCCUUACUCUGUGGGAAAUGAUGACUUUAUGUAUUCCACACAUUACUCUUUCAGAUGAUGAUGACUAUGAUGAAGAUAAAACUUUUGAUGAAAGUGACUUCGAUGAUGAAGCAUACUAUGCAGCUUUGGGAACGAGGCCACCUCUUAACAUGGAAGAACUGGAUGAGACAUACCAGAAAGUAAUCGAGCUCUUUUCUGUGUGCACGAAUGAAGAUCCUAAAGACCGUCCUUCUGCUGCGCACAUUGUUGAGGCUUUGGAAGUAUUUGUCCAGUGAUCUCAUAUUCAUAACUACCUGAGCUUCAAGUAUGGCUCAUGCAUAUAACUGUUCUCUUUACUGUAAUACGUUUAUGUAGUUACUGUGAGAAUCCAUAAUUAUUAGACUGUUUGAAUUUUAGAACCAUAGCACCUUGUUAACAUUUGAAAAACUAUUUCUAUUAUAAAGGUAUUUCAUGUAUACUUACCAGCAUUUAAUAUCGUAGUGGGUUUUCUAUAAAACUUAAGAAAUAUUUAGGCUUAAGGAACAAGUAUUGAAAUUUGUUCAUAGAGAUUUAAAACACUAGCAAAAUGUCAUAAACUCUUAUGUCUAACAUUAAUUUGGGUAGGGGGACCAAUACUUUUAUUAAUGAUCUUUCUUGCAUAUUCUCUACUUAAAUGGAUCUAUUUAAAUUAGCACUUUGAAGUACAAAAGAAGUCUACUUUUGAUUAUCUUUUAAAACAUAAAACUUUGCUGGUCUUUUUUGGCUGUUGUGCUUAUUAAAUAUGUUCAUUGGAAGCUGAGAGAAUAUGGCUCAGAGUAGCUCCUUGGGUAUUUCCAAACUUUCAGUUAAGGCUUGUCUUGUCCUCUUGGUUCUCCUCAGAUCUUUGGUUUUUGCUUUCAUUUAUUUAAUGUAUUUCUGUACUGAGAUCCCUUUUUAUUUUUUAAUUACUAAUCUAGCUCUUAAGCAUUUUACAGUUCUGGUGUAAAAAUAAUAAAACUAAUAGGAUGAUAUAGAAUAAAGGACACUUUAGUUACCAGAA